AUGCCGGGCUUCGGCCUCGCGCUGGUGCGCUGCGCGCUUAACCGGCAGGUUCCGCCGGGCACCAGGCAGCUCGCGGCGGUGGUGCUCAAGAAGUACGUCAAGGAGCACUGGCAGGAGGGCGAGGGCAAGUUCUUCCCGCCGCAGACGGGCGACGACGAGAAAGCCGCCAUCCGCGAACUCCUCCCAAACGGACUCGCCGAUCCCGAGGCUAAGAUCCGAACCGCGUGCGGCAUGGCCAUCGCCACCAUCGCCACGUGGGACUGGCCGCAACAGUGGCCGCAGCUCACCGCACAGCUCGUGGGUGCCAUCCGCGAGCGAACGAGCGAGGAUUCCGUCGCCGGCGCCCUUCGAUGCCUCGCGAUGAUCCUCGGCGACAUGGAGGAGACGCAGGUGGAGGACACGGUUCCCGCGCUGCUGCCCGAACUGUGCGCCAUCGUCGCGGCGGACGCGGCGAUGUACACCCUCGCGGUCAAGCGCCGCGCCCUCGCGGUGCUCCACGCGUGCCUCCUCACCCUGGGCGUCAUGUCCGGCGCGAGGCAACGCGCGGUGAGGGACCUGAUGACGCCGCUGCUGCGACCGUGGCUGGACGUCUUCGCCGCAGCGCUCGCCGCACCGCCGGACCCGACGGACCCGGGGCAAUGCGGCCUCGUCCUCGAAACCCUCCGGUGCUUGUCGCAGGUGGUCCAGUACUUCGCCAAGAGCGCGGGGGACGCGCUGGUGGCGCCGCUGGGGGCGGCGGCGAGGCUUUUCCACGCGCUCGCGCCCGCGUAUCACGCGUCGACGAUUGGGAACGAAUCGGACGAGUACGAAGCGCCGAGGGACGACGAGGGCGAGGAACUCUCCCUCGAGUCCGUCGUCUCGCAGCUGUUGGAGCUCAUCAUGUGCCUCGUCGAGCACCCGAAGCUGCGGUCGCUGCUUCGAGACGGGAUGGAGGACACCAUCUACAGGGCCAUCGGGUACAUGUGCAUGACGGCGGCGCAAGAAGAGGCUUGGGAGGAUGACCCGAACGCGUACGUAGCCGACGAGGACGACGACAUGACGACGGUUCGCGCCGCGUGCGGGAUGCUGCUGCACCAGAUGUCCGGCGCGUUCGGCGAGGAAGGAGGGGGUGCCGACGGGGGUGCCGACGGGGGUGCCGACGGGGGUGCCUUCUCGAGGGCGCUCGCGGGCGCGGUGUCGCGACGUCUCGAAGAGGCGGAGGCGGCGAAAAACGCGGGGGAUCCGAAUUGGUGGAAGAUUCGCGAGGCCACGCUGCUCGCCGUGGGGACCGUGGACGAUUUCAUCGUGGACACCGAGCAGGCGCUCGCCGAGCGGGGUGUGCACGCGACGUUCUCCGCACCCGGGUUCCUCAAACUCGUGCUCGACGCCGACCUCGGGGGCGGGGACGAAACCGGUCAGGGUGGGUCGACGGGAGGAAGCCGACCGCCGUUUUUGCUGGGCAGGGCGCUGUGGGUGGCGGCGAGGCUCGCACCUGGCGCGCCCCCGGCGGCGGCGACCGCGGUUCUCGACGCGUCACUGCGGUCGCUCGACCCGCGCGCCCCCGCGCCCCUGCGCGUGGGCGCGUGCAGAGCGCUGGCGCAGUACGCUCCGUUGGCGCCUAAGGAUGGAUUGAAACCGUUUCUCGGUCCCGCGUACCAGCGUCUCGGCACGCUGCUCGAGUCCGAGUUUAACGCGGGCGAGGCGAGAAAGACGAACGCGGGCGCCGCCGCGAGCGGGGUGGGCGCUUCACCGCUCGACGACGGUGACUGGGGCGAGACUCUCCACCUGGUGCUCGAGGCUAUUCUCGUCGUCGUCAAGUGCGACGACGAGGCUGCGGCGGCUUGGUCGGGGGCGUUGGCUCCGGCGACGUUGCGGGUGUGGGCGGCGAAGGUUGCGGACCCGUUGCUCGCCGCGGACGCCAGGGACGUGCUCGAGGCGCUCGCCGCCGUGCCCGCGUGCCUCCCUUCGCUGCACCAGCUCGCCGUUCCCACGCUGAGCGGCGUUCUCGCCGCGCCGGACCGGCAGGGACCGAUGUUGGUAGAGUCCACCCUCGAUUUGUUGGGCGGGCUCCUGAAACCCGCGGCGAAGGCCGAGGCCAGGGCCGCGCACGCCGCGUGCUUUCGCCACGUCGUCGCGCUCGCGGUCACGUCCGACGACGCGGGCGUGCUGCAGUCCGCGGCGGAGUGCCUGCGCGCGUUUCUUCGCUCGGGAGGCGUCGAGUCGCUCGCCUGGGGAGUCGACGGGACAGGCGGCGGCGGCGAAGUUCUCAGGUCCUACCUCGACGCCGCCGCGAGGCUUCUCUCCCCGUCCCUCGAGGACGGCGCGAGCGCGUUCGCGGCGCCGCUGCUUGGGCAGAUGUUGCGCAGGCUGCCCGGCGAGAUUGCGCCAAUUCUGCCCGAGGUCGUCUCAGCCGUCGUCGCCAGAGUUUCCCGCGCGAGGCAACCCAACUUGAUUGCCGCGUUGAUGUCCAUAUUCGCGCGUUUGGCGCACGCCGACUGCGACGCCCUCGUCGGCUUACUCGCGCAGAUGCCCGUACCUCCCGGCGGUGAGCCGGAGACUGGAGAAGACGGGGUGGCUCCUUCGAGAAACGCGUUGGAGCUCGUGCUCCGGGCGUGGUGCGCGUACCAGCCGGAUGUGCAGGGCGCCUUCGACAUCAAGCUCACGACGUCGGCGCUCGCCGCCUUGCUCGCGAGCGGCAACCCUGCGCUGGACGCUGUGGGCGUGCGGGGCGAGCUGGUGAUCGAGACGGGCGAGACUGGCCAGCGCGCCAUCCGCACCCGCGCAAAGGCACGCGCGACGGGCCCCGACAGGUACACCACCGUCCCGGCGGCGCUGAAGAUUUUGGAGCUGCUGGCGGACGCGGUGCUCGAGGCGCAGGAGGCUGCGUUGGCGGGCGGCGGGGACGGGGAGGACGAGUGGGAGUCCGAGGGCGACUCCGAUGGGGACGAUGACGACGGCGACGGCGGCGGCGGCGGUUCGUACUUCGGCGGCGACCUCUUCGACCGCAUUAUUGCGCAGGGUAUCGACGAUGCCGUCGACGACGACGAGGACGAGGCUGAGGACCCAAUCUCCGGAAUCGACACGCAGGGGUUCAUCAAGGAGCGGCUCGGCGCGAUGCACGCGAGGGGCGCGCUCGCGGGGGUGGCGCAAGGGCUCAACGCGCGCAGGCAGCGCGCGCUCAUGGCUCUGAUGCAGUGA